UGAAAUCCAACGGCUCAGAUUCCAUCUCUACCCCAACGCAAUCAUCGCGUCCCCCUCUUCCCCAAAAUUAGCCUCCUCGCCCAAUUCUCUCUUAAAAAUAGAACUCUCUCUCUCUUUCCCAAAUUCAAAAACAAAAACCAGAUCCAACUCUCUUUCAUUUAUUUAUUUUUCCAAUUCAACAACAGAACAGCAACAACCGCCACCGUAAUGGCAGCACCUUCAGCCCGCGAAGAAAAUGUUUACAUGGCCAAACUGGCGGAGCAAGCCGAGCGGUACGAGGAGAUGGUAGAGUUCAUGGAAAAAGUCUCUGCCUCCAUUGACAGCGAGGAGCUCUCCGUCGAAGAGCGGAACCUGCUCUCCGUCGCCUACAAAAACGUGAUCGGAGCAAGACGCGCUUCCUGGCGUAUUAUCUCAUCCAUUGAGCAGAAAGAGGAAAGCAGAGGAAACGAGGACCACGUGUCAGUCAUCCGUGAUUAUCGGUCUAAGAUUGAGUCUGAGCUUUCAUCGAUCUGCGACGGGAUCUUGAAAUUGCUCGACUCCAGGUUGAUUCCGGCUGCAUCUGCCGGCGAUUCGAAGGUUUUUUAUUUGAAAAUGAAAGGUGAUUAUCAUAGGUAUCUCGCCGAGUUUAAAACUGGCGCUGAGAGAAAAGAAGCUGCCGAAUCUACCCUCACUGCUUACAAAGCUGCUCAGGAUAUUGCAAAUGCAGAGUUGGCUCCAACUCAUCCGAUCCGUCUCGGAUUGGCUCUCAACUUUUCUGUGUUCUACUACGAGAUUCUGAAUUCACCCGAUCGGGCUUGCAAUCUCGCUAAACAGGCUUUUGAUGAGGCAAUUGCCGAGUUGGACACUUUGGGCGAGGAGUCGUACAAGGACAGCACUUUGAUCAUGCAACUUCUGCGGGACAAUCUCACUUUGUGGACAUCCGACAUGCAGGAUGAUGGUGCUGAUGAGAUUAAAGAAGCACCAAAGCCUAGCGAAGAACAGCAGUGACGCAGCGUCGUUGCAAAUUAGAAUUGAACUUCUCCCUUAUAUGUUUUUAACAGGAGAAGGUGCUUGUUGCUAAUUUGCUUGCUAUUCUGAGUUUUUAGGUAUUCUUGCCUUGGUUAAAUGAAUUGUGGACGAACCAAGCCUUUGUUUUCUUUUCUUUUUUCCUCCUUUUAUCCUUUUUUUUUUCUUUAGUUUGUCAUAUCAAUUUGUGUUUUGGAAUGUGCCUUAUUUUCUUAAUGCUAUGGAAGCUUUUAUA